AUGCCCCUCGACGUCGCUGCGACACAGAAGCGUCUGGACGAGCUGUUCGAGCUGUACGGCCACAAGACGGUUGCCGAGAACCGCGCCCGCGUCAUCCUCCCCAACCAGCCCGAGCCAUUCGACAGGGUGGCGUACGUCCGCGCCGAGGCCAAGAAGGUGGACGACCUUGCAAAGUAUGGACGUAUCGACAAGACGACCGGCCGCAAGAUCCCGCCACCGGCCCUCACAAUCUUCAUGAAGGGUGGAGACAACAAGUUCGCCGCUCUACACUACUAUCUGACGAACCCGCCCCGGCUGCACAUCAAGGGCGCCAAGUGGAUACAGGAUGGCGCCGCCUUCUCGAUCCUCAACGAGCCAGAGGUGACGGAGUCCAUCGCUGCUGCCCUCGGAAUUGCCACUUGGAACGAAGUCACUCAGUUGCUUGAUGCUUGCGAAUUUGCUAGCGUGAGCCUCACCUACAAAGCCAAAGCUGAUGGAAGGCCCAUACCUACAGGUACAGCCCAACGGGAGCUACGGGUGGACGCUCUACACAAGGCCGCGGAUAUCAACGAGCAGAAGUUCAAGGCCAUCAAGAGCGCAAGCAGUGCCGCCACGAACUCGUCCGAGAGCAUGGGCACCGAGCUUGCUGUCGACGUUGACGAGCUUGCCAUCUCCGACGACUUUGAGGAGGCGCCCAGCUCGUCGAAGGGCCCUUCUGCCAAAGGCAAGGGCAAACCUGCGCCCAAGGAGAAGACGCUUUGA